UCACAACUGUUUUUCUGUUACUUUUUUUGUUGCUCCAAUUAAAAUAAUCUUAAUUGUCAUACCGUGGUUAAUUAAAUAGAUUGAAUGAUGUUUAAACUGUUACUUAAUGUGUCAAGAUCAAGUUUGCAACUUUAAAUAAUAAAUCUCUAUCUCCAUCUUAUUUUUUUAAAUAAUUUUCUCUCUUGUUUUUCAUCUUUACUCUUUUGCUCACUGUCAGUUUUUACUGGUUCUGUCCAUUAUUUGAUUGGGUUCUGCGUUCUUCAAGCUUUCAUUCAUUUUAGGACAAAUACUUAGUGAUAUAAUAAUGUAUGUAUAUACCUACAUAAAGAGAAGAAAGUAAGAUAAUAUACAUUUUUAAAGAGGAGAAGAGAGGUAAUCUUAACCUUACAUCUUAUGUGAAAAUCACCGUGAAAUGGAACCUCUGGAAGAUUUGGUUAGAACACGUAACCAACGAAAAUUGAAAAGUCUUUGUCGAACGCGACUAACCAUUGAUUCCCCGAUCCGUCAAAAUUUGUGGCCAAUUCUAUGUAGUGCAUAUAAAGUAGGAGGAAGGAGUGGUGAGCUAGAAGCAAUAGAAGCAUCUUUACAUCCAAUUGGAACUAAUGAAUAUCUCCCUGAAGAUUGUCCUCGCAAAUUACCAUCUUUCAUUGAUCCUAAUUACUGUCGAUACUUUAAGCUGAGCCCUGAUGGACAAAGAUUAGUUGAACGUAUCUUAUGGAUUUUAGCGUGUAAGCAUAAUGAAAUUACCAUUUGCCCAUUACUAUACCCUAUUGCGGCUCUCUUCCUGCAUUAUCAUGACAUCACUCAAACAUUAACCUCACUAACUUAUUUAUUGGAAGCACCCUCAUCAGGUAUUGGUGGUAAAGAUGGACCCUAUUUACUUCCCCAAUCACGAACUCAAAUUGUACAUCAAGCCUAUGUUUUAUUAAGAUUAACCAAUAAAUUUGGUUUCCUACCGAGGCGAGGUUUCUUCACUGAACAACGAGAAAGAUUAAUCAAAGAAAAUGAAAUGGACGCCUGUUUUCUCGAUUGGCUUAAAUGGAUUUUCAUUGGUUUACCAUUUGAGCAUGUUAUCAGAAUAAUGGAUUGCUUCCUGGUUGAAGGUACCAAAUUUCUUUACCGUAUUGGUUUAACGCUCCUAUUAUUAUACAAAAAUUCCAGACCGGUUUCACCGCCCUCUCGUCUUGGUAUGGUUACCAAUAAUGCUUUCAACAAUUUCAAAUCCUCCACCAACAUUAACAAUGGUUCCUCCUCCAACUUUACAUCAACAUCUACAACCACUACAAACACUACAUUAACCUCCUCUUCAUCUUCUUCGUCACCAUUCACCUUGGACCUGAUGCUGUCUUUCUGUGAGACAAUUAAGUUAACGCCUGAUGAGCUAAUUACUGUGGCAACCCAGUUACGACGGUUAUCUCGUGCUAAAAUUGACCGAACCUACAAGGAGGCCUCCCACCGAAAUGAAAAAUUUAAAAUACGCUCGGCUCCUUCAUCACCUUAUCACCAUUUGGGUUAUCAUGACUUAACCCCGACCUCACCGAGGAAACUUGAAAUGAUUAGUCUUGAUUCAGUUAAAAUUACUGAUUGUACUCGAAUUGCACCCAGAUCUCUUAAAUCGUCUAUAUGUGAUUGGCAGUUAUUGGAUAUACUCUGGGAUUGGAUACCUGAAAGAACACUCAUCAAAGAGCCGGUCAUCAUUUUUUGUAGUGAUGUUCAUGGUAACUCACUGAGUACUUUUUACGAUAAGAAUGAGGCCGUUGAUCAAUCAAUUUUACUCAUAAAAACAUUAAACAAUGAGAUCUUCGGUGCAUUCUGUUCUACCUCAUGGUCCGAUAGACUUGGAGCUGAUAGGAAAGGUGCACAGAAACAAUAUUUCGGGACCGGGGAAACAUUCCUAUUCACUUUAAAACCAAAGGUUGCAUAUUACCCUUGGGUUGGUACCAAAGAAUAUGGUUCUGACCAAACGAAAAACAUUCCUUGUUCAUGUCAACUCUUCAUGGCUGCUAAUUCCAAAAUGAUAACCAUCGGUGCUGGUAACGGAGUUGGCCUUUGGUUGGAUGAGAAUCUCACCAAGGGUAAAACGGAACAAUGUGAUACUUUUAAUAACAAACCAUUAUGUACAAGUGGAGAUUUUGCAUGUUCAAUUGUAGAGGUUAUUGGCUUUAUUUCAUCAUGGUGAUAUUAUCCUAUUGCUAUUAUUAUUAUUGCUAUUAUAUUAUAUUAUAUUAUUUCAUUUACAUAUACAUAUAUACAUACAUAUACAUCUACAGUAGCAAAUUUACCAAAAUUUUAUUUUGCCCAUUAAAAAGAAAGCGAUUAGCCCAACUAACUUUAUUACCUGAUAGUUGUUUUCAAAAUAAUAGCUUUCAUAUUGACAACCAACGUCAAUUUUUUCUCUCUUCAUUAGUCUCUAGUCUAUUUUUAUUUCUCUCUCUCACUCUUUCUAACUUUAAACAAAAUUAAAAUGGACAAAUGUUUUGCUAUA